UGCUUUCCCCCCUCGGCUGGCAGAAAUUUCCAGUCCCUGUUCGUCCGUCCCCGUCCCCCCGAGCCGACGACAAUGGCGAUCAAUUCAAAACUCUAGCCAGAGCUCUACAGAAGAGAAGAUGAUCUUCUGAGUCCACUCGAGUAGACUGUAUAGUGUGUGGCUUGCUGGAAUAUUUCGAUGGAGAAUCAGCCAUCGCCCACCGAUGGCUCCAGAGAGCUCCUCUGUGUCGGCAAACUGGAAAUCAUCAGCCCGAAACCCGUCGGGUUUCUCUGCGGUUCCAUCCCUGUCCUCACUGAAAAUUCCUUUCACGCAUUCAACUCCGCUCUCAUCCCUUCUCGCCAGAAGGUGAGAGCUCCGCAGUAUCGGAUGCUUCCAACGGAGACUGAUCUGAAUAGGCCUCCAUUGCUUUCGGACCUCUCUGAGAAGUUGCUUCCAAUUGGUGUCGUGCCACCCAGAACCUUUCCUGGAGAUUUAUCUUGGGAAGAUGGCGCUCUUAAGGCAAACCUAUCAAGGAAAUGUGAGGCCCUUGCUGUAUCUGGCUUGGCUGAGUAUGGAGAAGAGAUUGAUGUUAUUGCCCCUACUGAUAUCUUGAAGCAGAUUUUCAAGAUGCCUUAUUCCAAAGCUAGAUUAUCAAUUGCUGUCCAUCGCAUUGGGCAGACUCUUGUUCUCAAUACCGGGCCGGACGUAGAAGAGGGAGAGAAACUGUUUAGGAGACAUACCAAUACCAACCAAUCAAAAUGUGCAGAUCAGACCUUGUUUUUGAAUUUUGCAAUGCAUUCAGUUAGAAUGGAGGCUUGUGACUGUCCUCCAACUCGUAAUUCUGGAUCGUCGAAUCACCAACCAAAGUCUUCUGUUCUUCCAGAGGGGGAUGUAUCCCAUUUGGUUGGGCAGCAUAGUAAUAUAGCUCAAAACGAGCAAUUAAAACCACGUUCAGAUUAUGCACGAGUUAAACAGGAUGAUUUCAUUUGGGGGAGUAAGAAGAAUGAGAGAAACAAGAGGAGAGAUCCCAUCCAAAAGACAUCACAAGUUGGUGAAAAGCCUAGAUGUUCAAUGCAAGAGUCUGAACGGCACAGAAGAGUUGGCAAUGAUGGCUUCUUGAGAGUCUUGUUUUGGCAAUUCCACAAUUUCCGCAUGCUUCUGGGCAGUGACCUUCUUCUGUUCAGUAAUGAAAAAUAUGUUGCGGUCAGCCUGCAUUUAUGGGAUGUCACACGGCAGGUGACACCAUUAACUUGGCUCGAGGCAUGGCUCGAUAAUGUGAUGGCUAGUGUCCCUGAAUUGGCAAUCUGUUAUCAUGAGAAUGGAGUGGUUCAGGGUUAUGAACUUCUUAAGACAGAAGAUAUAUUUCUUCUGAAAGGCAUCUCUGAUGAUGGCACUCCGGCUUUUAACCCUCAUGUUGUCCAACAAAAUGGUCUCUCUGUAUUGAGAUUUCUUCAAGAAAACUGCAAACAAGAUCCUGGGACUUAUUGGCUUUAUAAAAGUGCUGGUGAAGAUGUGAUUCAGCUGUUUGAUCUCUCUGUUAUACCCAAAACUCAUUCCUCUAACAAAUGUGAUGAUAGCUCAAGCUCUCUCCCUUCUCUUCUGCACCGAGGAAGAAGUGAUUCCAUAUUUUCAUUGGGCACUCUCCUUUACCGCAUUGCCCAUAGACUCUCGUUAUCUAUGGCGACGGAAAGUAAAGUCAAGUGUGCAAGCUUUAUUCGGAAGUGCUUGGAUUUUUUGGAUGAACCAGAUCACCUGGUGGUAUGUGCAUAUGCUCAUGAACAAUAUGCAAGGCUCAUUUUGAAUAAUGAUGACGACACGGAUGUAGCAUCGGAUUGUCUCCCGGUAGAGUCUGAAGUUACUGUUACUGAUGCUGAAGAAGAAUCCAUGGAUUUCUUAAGCAGCAUCACCGAUUCAGUCGGUCAUGAGGAUACCCACCAUUCAAUUGGUGGGCUAAAGUUAAGUGACGAAGGAAGUAAUCAUCAAGACUUUCCACUGGCAUCUCCAGUGGAGAUGACGUCAGAAGCCAAUGCUUCUGCUUCUGGAAGUCCUGGUUCUGAUGAAAGAUUUGCAGUCUGCAAAAUGGCUCCAUUGUCUGCUCCCAUGGUUCAAACUGUUGGGGACCCUAUCUCUACUAAGUUAGCUGCUAUCCAUCAUGUUUCUCAAGCCAUCAAAUCACUCAGAUGGAUGCGCCAACUGCAAAGCAGUGGGGACUGUGCUAGUGAAACUGCUGAACCUCCAUCGCCUAUGAAGUUCUCUGUUUGCGCUUGUGGUGAUGCUGACUGCAUUGAGGUUUGCGACAUCCGUCAAUGGCUUCCAACAUCAAAAUUGGAUCAUAGGCUGUGGAAGCUUGUUCUCUUGCUUGGUGAAUCUUAUUUAGCUCUUGCUCAAGCUUAUAAAGAGGGCCGUCAAUUGCAUCAGGCGUUGAAGGUUGUAGAAUUAGCAUGUUCUGUUUAUGGAUCAAUGCCUCGACAUCUUGGGGGAACAAAGUUUAUUUCUUCCAUGGUUGGUCGUGCUUCGUCCUUAUCAAAACAUAAUGAACAUACUGCCAAGGCAAGAUCAAGCUUUGAUAUUGUCAAGGAUGUGAACUUGGGAUCAGAUGGUGAAGAACUCGGCUUUGAACAGUUCUCUUCCAAUUAUCUAUUCUGGGCCAAGGCAUGGACUCUUGUUGGAGAUGUCUAUGUCGAGUUCCAUAUGAUUAAAGGUAGGGAGAUCUCAACUCAAGCUGCAAAUCAGCCCAUAAGAGAGCUCAGAAUGUCAUCUGAGGUUGUCAAGGAAGUAAAGAGGCUCAAGAAGAAAUUGGGGCAUUUUGAUGGAAACUGCCGCUCCUGUUCCUUGAUCAACUGCAGCUGUGAAAAUGAUCGAGUCAGCAGUGGCAGCAGUGCAAGCAGCAGCAGUGGUGAUACUGGUCCAGCUGUCUACAGCAGAAGACAUGGUAGGCGAUCAUUUGGUAAGAAUGUCUCUUACUCCAAAAUGGGAGAUGCUGAAGAGCGAAGAAGUCAACACAGAGUAGAAGAUGGGAGCUCUGAGGGUGUUCAGCGCUCAAAAAAAGGUGCUUCAGAAGAAGCUCCUCUUACUAGGCAUUCAAUAUGCUCUGAAUCUUUGGAUAAGGCUGAGUCUAGGACAGUAGGAGGGACUAUGAGAAGGCCUGAUGUGGGUCCUGUUUUGUCCAGAGAAAUGAAUCUCCCUUCAAAGGGAAUCCCCAAGGUCAGAAAUGGAGGGAUAUUUAAGUAUGUUGAUUGUGCUAUGGUUGGAGAGGGAGAAAGCAAUCUGCUUGCUGCAUUAAGCUGCUAUGAAGAGGCCAAAAAGGCAUUGGGUGGACUUGCUUCUGGUUCGGCAGAACUGCAUACUGUAUUCAAGAAGAAGGGAUGGGUUUUCAACGAACUAGGUCGAAAACGACUUGAGAGAAAAGAGUUAAGUCAAGCAGAGGCUUCUUUUUCAGAGGCUAUAAAGGCAUUUAGAGAAGUUUCAGAUCACACUAAUAUUAUAUUAAUCAACUGUAACAUGGGACACGGGAGGAGGGCAUUAGCUGAAGAGAUGGUGACAAAGGUUGAGAACUUGAAAUUACACUCCGUCUUCUACAAUGCGUACAAGCAGGCCCUGGAGACUGCAAAGACAGAAUAUAGUAAUGCACUUAAGUUUUAUGGGGCAGCAAAGUCAGAGCUGAAUGCUGUGGAGAAGGCUGUUUCUGUUCCUGACGGCAUGAGGAAUGAAGUGCACACACAGUUUGCACAUACGUACUUGAGGUUAGGUAUGCUUUUGGCUAGAGAAGACAUAACGGCUGAAGUUUACGAGAACGCAGCUUUUGGGGAGAUCUCAAUAGGUGCCGCUAGUCCUAGUGCUGCUGCAAGUGCCAAAAAGGGCUCGAGGAAGCAUGAGAUCUCAGCAAAUGAAGCCAUCAGGGAGGCAUUAUCGGUGUAUGAAUCUCUAGGCGAAAUAAGGAAACAGGAGGCUGCAUACGCGUAUUUUCAGCUUGCUUGCUACCAGAGGGAUUGUUGCUUGAAGUUUCUGAGCUCUGAUCACAAGAAAGGCUCUCGUAAAGGUGAGAAUGGAAUCCAACAGCGUGUGAAGCAGUAUGCUUCUUUGGCGGAGCGGAAUUGGCAGAAAGCCCUAGACUUUUACGGGCCUAAAACACAUCCCACCAUGUACCUUGCUAUAUUGACGGAGAGGUCGAAGCUCGCAUUAAGCCUCUCGAGUUCACUGCACUCAAAUGCGAUGCUGGAAUCAGCUCUAUCCCGUAUGCUAGAAGGUCGCCACAUACUGGAAAGUGUUUCCAGUAGUUUGCAAGCUGAGUAUCCGGAAGUACAUGGAAAGUUUUGGAGUCAGUUGCAGAUGGUGUUGAAGAGAAUGGUGGCUGUGGCUCUAUCCAGCAGCACUACGGGGAAGCAGUCUUGUUCAGCAGUCUCGGUGCCACCCCUGCUGUCAAGCAACAGGUUUGGGGAUCCCGUGAAACUCAAAGAGCUUUAUAAGAUGUCUUUGAAAUGCGCUGACCUUAGUGAGUUGGACAAGAUGCAUUCCUUGUGGACAUCUUAACUUAGAACGUUUUUAUGUCAUACCAUAGCAUGACAUACAUACAUACAUACAUACAUACAUACAUACAUAUGUAUGUAUGUAUCUAUAUGUAUAUAUACAUGCAUCAGCAUGAAUAGUUAGAGAGUUGUAUGAAGCUAAGCUACUGCCUAUUGCAAUAUAUAUGCAUCAACAUGAGUAGUUAAAGAGUUGUAUGAAGCUAAGCUACUGCAUAUUGCAAUUGGAGGAUCUCCAAAUUAUUAGCUAUGUCGUCUGUGUAUGUAUAUAUAUAUAUAUGUAUAUGUAUGUAUGCAAACAUACGAUGCAUGUAUCGAUACAUACAUGUUUUGUUUAUGUGACAUCCUAGGCCUAGAGUUUGGGAUUCUCUCCGGCUUUUCUGUUU